AUGAACUUUACUGACAGUGAAUUAGAUGGUGAGGUGGAGUUGCAGAACUAUUGGUCGAGAGAUUUCAGGGUUUAUAGGCUGAAUGGAAAUACAAACCAGUGGGAUAGAGUUCGAAGCAUUGGUGAUUUUGCGUUGUUCUUGGGCACUAAUGCUCCGCUUUGUCUUUCUACCAAAGAUUACCCAGAACUGAAAUCGAAUUGCAUCUAUUUCACUGAUGAUGGCUUCGACAAACAAGUACAAGGUCGGCUUGGUGGUCAUGAUAUGGGCAUUUGCCACAUUAGUGAUGGCACAAUUGAGUCAUUAUGUUGUGGCGACUUGUAUAAACCUUCUUUGAUUUGGCCGCCACCCGUGUGGAUUUUGCCAUGA